AUGGAGAUGAACUUAUCGGAAUCUUCAAUUCCACUAGUGCUUUCAAGCGGUGGGCAACAUCAACACCUAUGCCGGUUAUUCAACGACAAGCCGGACGGCAUAUACCACAUUGGCUUCAACUAUCAAUCUGAACGCAACCGUUACCGCCAACCGUACUACAACGUGGCUGCUUCAACGAGCCCGACCUUCGCCACCGUUACAGCUACAUACAAUAUUACUGUGUGGGAAAUGACUCAAAAUUAUACUCUCUGUCGACAAGCUAUGGCAUAUUACAAUAUCUCUGCAGACGAUUCCUUGACAUCCGAUAUGCUUACUAAUGACGCUUUCAUGGAGCAAUACGAUCGCGUCUGUUUGCUCAAUCUCUCGAAGCCGUUGCCGACUCAAGCCUUCAACACCAGUAUCUCACUGGUGACCUCGAUGACCGAGACGGAAUCCUACUCCAGUCAAAUGAUAGCCACUGCAACAGCGCGAUUAACGGCUUCCAUGGGUUCAGCGUCUGCUACUAACAGCGCGAGCACGACGACUACUAGCAGCGUUACUCAAUCUUCCGAAGCGACUUCUACGGCAUCUUCGUCCGUGAACACCUCCCCAGAUGGCACUUGCGGCGAGUCUACCGGGUAUUCGUGCACCAACUCUCAAUUUGGGAACUGCUGCAGCAAAUUUGGCUACUGUGGAUCAACGAGCGACUACUGCGAAACCAACUGUGACCCUGCAUACGGCGAGUGCAAGGCUUCCUCCAUAGCCAGCAGUCUGACUCCGACCUCAGCAUCUACGGCGACCCCGACAUCCACAGCCAAUAUCUCGCCAAAUGCCUUUAUGGUUACUGUGGAUCGACCAGCGACUAUUGUGCCUCGCAAUCCUGCGAUAGCUCCUAUGGAGAAUGUUCUGCUUAAGUCCGAGACUUCUGAACGCCUGUCGACCUCCCGAUCCACCAAUCACAGGUGA